UUUAGCUUAGCGAUGCAUGUUUUUUUGCCGAUGCUCUCCCGCACAUUUCCUUAGGUACUGUGCGCAUUUCUCCUCUACACGUUUUGUGUGCCACGCACAUUCUCGCAGUUCAUUCUCACAACAUAAACCAUACUGUGUAUUUCUCUAGCAACUUGUCCUGGCAGUCAUCGAAUUGAACUCCCUCACUCAACGUCAACAACAUGACCGCUGCUCCGAGUCCCCAACACCAUCCAAUGUUUUAUUACCCUGACGGUACUCAUGUUCUUCGGGUGAGCUAUGUGUACCACCCCUUUCUACUUACUGCUCGUCAUCAAAAUGGCAUUUACGUGUAGGUUGAAAAUACGUUAGUUAAAGUCCACGGAAGCAUUCUCUCGGACAAAUCCAUGACUUUCAGGGACAUGUUUGGCACCAAUAGCGAUGCUGGACUCGUCCCAGUUGAUGGAAAAAGUGAUGAGCAGCCAAUCAUCAUCACUGAAGUCACGGCUGAAGGGUUCGAAUUAUUCCUCUCAGUUUGCUACAACAAGUGGCGUCCAGACACUGCAAAAAUGCAGGACGAAGCGAUAUUUCAGCUGCUCGAAGCUAUUCACCCCGCCAAGCUGAUCUCCAUCUCACUGAAAUAUCAUAUUAAGGAGACCUUCCAAUACGCGUUCAGCCGGCUUAUUCCGCUUCUCCUGAACGAGUUAGAUUGCAACCUUCUUACCCGCCCUGUCUGGAAUACUCUCAUCAGGGUCAAAGAGAAACUGGACAUUCACCGCCGCAUUGUGGCAUGUGAACCCCCACCGAUGAUCCACUCGAAGCGUUGCCAGGACCGGAGGUCCUGCGCCAAUGACUGGCGACAGGUCUGGUGGAAUGGCAUGGGUCGAUCUCUGCUCGACGGACGUAACCCUCUCUCAUACGCUGAUGCAAUGCAACAAUUCCAACAAGUCGAUUACGGACGUGUCUGUCCAGACUGCUGGAGACACAUGCUUGAUUUUUGCAAAUCGGAGAAGGCGUUCAUUCAUGAGCGCGUGCUUAUUGAAGCCACUUCUCAGGAUUUGGCGGGUCGUCUUAUCAAGGAACCUCUGUUCGACGAUGCGGUCUAUUCAGUCGACAUGUAACGAUCUCAUCUUGAGGCUUCUUCUGUGCUUCGCUUGUAAACAGCUCACAUGAAUUUCGUGCACUAUAUUUUUUACUUGCGGCAUCGCGUUCGGGUCUCGUAGUAGACGUCAUUCUUUUCACAAUACACAGGAACUCUAAUUCUGCGGUGUUCGCACUGCCAGACCAACUGUGAAUAGUCC